GAGGCAGUGGGGGGCAUGGUGUGAGUUUGGGGGUGCUGUGGAGUUUGGAGGUGUUCUUGGAGGGGCCAGGGAUGGUGCAGGGUAGGAAGCCCAGUUGCUGUGGGGCUGGAUGCCAUGGGGCCAAGGGCUUUUUGCUGUUAGUGGGGGGCAGCCUUUGUGUGAUGGGGCUGUAUGCCAGUGUGUCUUGGCACUGCGCGGCUACUGCUGCUGAACAGGGGAGCUGGGAUGGGUGGCUGGACCCAGCAAAGCCCUGGCUCUGCCUGGUGUGGGGACAAAUCUGGGGUUCCCUCCGCCAAGGCUGUGCUAAGGGUUCCUGUUCCAUCUGCUUGCCCCACUUGGAUGUGGGGAGGGGGGUGGGCAGGUUGACUGCUGGAGCCCCAGUGUGGCAAGGGGCCAGGGAGGGCACGUGGCUCUGCUGGAGCCUCAUCACUGUGGCUGUGCUACUGCCUGAGGACAACGGGUUCUGACGGUGGGAGGCCGGCUGCCUCCGUCGUGGGCUCCCUGUUGUGGGUGAGGAAACCCCUCUGAGGGGCAGGGAGGGCUGUGUGCUGAGGGAAGCCUGAGCCCAGACCUGCUGCUGCCUGCAGCGUUGUGUCUUUUACCACACUGACAGCGCAGGGACCUGUGCCACCCAAGGGCUGUGCAGCAGGAACUUGUUACUCCACAUUGUACCUGAUGUGUUGCAGAGGAAAACCCUUGGCAAGAGUGGAGGAGAGAUGUGGGGAAGAAGAUGGCACUGAGGUUUGCAUAUCCCACUGCCCCCUCGCCAGGGCACAGGAAGCCUGGGCAGGAACCAUGCCUGUGACCUGGGGUGGGCUGGUGGUGUUCUCAUGUCCAGCUGCUCCCACCCUUGGGGGGAGCCCCUGGCUCCUUGGACAAAGUGUCUGGAUAUGGCAGCUCCUGCCCUUACCUUUCUUGCUGCUGCCCGGGGCCAUUCAGUGGGCAUGGUGGCACAGGGAGCCAGUCCCUGCUGGAGGAGUCUGCGGUGUGGCGCUGCUACCUGGCACUGUGCCGAAGCAAGUGCUUGGCCCAGGCUCAGAACGUGCCAUGGCAGGACCCCGGGGCAGCCUCACUGCUUAAUAUUGAUGGGUGCUGCCUGCACGGAGGCCUGGGAGCCCCAGCCCUGCAGAUCGUUUUCCUGGCUGCUGGGCCAGCUCAGGUUCCUCCUCACUCCUAGAGCAGUUCUCGGUUGGGACGAGGAGCUCAGCGGGCAGGAGAGCACUUCACAGCAUCGCCUUGGUCUGGGGCUUCGCUCUUCCACCGGUGUGGAGUGGCAAGGAUGAGGAGCCGGCAGCGCAUGUUUGCGGCAGUGAUGCGCCUGCUCCUCAAGUGCCUGCGGCUGGGCCGGCGGCGGCGGUUUAAGCUGGUGCGGCAGGUGGAGCAGUUGUGGCACUAUGGGCACCUCUGCCUCCGCUCCCUGUUCUACAAUUCCUUCACUAACGGCGACGUGGUGCUUGAUUCCCUCUUCGAGCCUGUCUACUGGCUGGUGGACCAUGUCACCCGCUGGUUCGGUGUGGUGUUUGUGGCACUGGUGAUCAGCCUGACGAGCUCCAUUGUGGCCAUCGUGUACAUCUGCCUGCUGCCCCUCAUCCUCCAGACCUACACGCCUGCCUGGAUCUGCUGGCACCUCGCCUACGGACACUGGAACCUCAUCAUGAUCAUCUUCCACUACUACAUGGCCAUCACCACCUCGCCCGGGCACCCACCGCAGGAAAUGCAUCGCCCCCAAGCCAGCUCGCACUCACCACUGCAGCAUCUGCAACAGCCUAGAGGGCUGGGGGCUGCCUGCCCCCUCCGGAACGUGGUGCUUGCGCUGGCCCUGACACUGGCACUGCUCUCCUUCCCAGGGGCAGCCUGGCUAAACAACUGUGUGGGACACUACAACCACCGCUACUUCUUUUCCUUCUGCCUGUUCAUGACCAUGGGAUGCAUCUACUGCAGCAUCAGCGGCUGGGAGAUGUUCCGGGACGCCUACGCGGCCAUCGAGAGAAUGAAACUGCUUGAGAAGGAGAGACUGCAGGUGGCUGCCAACCAGACGUACUACCAGACCCCGCCGCCCACCUUCUCCUUCCGCCAGCGAGCUUUCCACAAGAGUGUGGUCUACCUCUGGGUCCUCUGCAGCUCAGUUGCGUUGGCCCUGGGUGCCCUCACACUGUGGCACGCUGCCCUCAUAACGCGUGGGGAAACCAGCAUCGAGAGGCACAUCAACAAGAAGGAGAGGCAGAGGCUGCAGAAGAAAGGUCUUCAGGAACCCCUACAACUAUGGCAGCUGGGACAACUGGAAGGUGUUCUUGGGUGUGGAUGUGCCAAGGCACUGGGUCACCCGUGUCCUGCUUCCCUCCCCUCACCUGCCUCAUGGGACGGGCCUGAGCUGGGACCUGCCUCCCUGUGUGACCAAGCAGCGCACCCCACUCCUGGCCAUCUGAAGCCUGGAUGCUGCCACCGUCUGUCCCUGCAGGCAGGGGAGUGCAGAGGGGACCCGCUCUGGUACCAUGGCUCCCCAUGCCUCAAGAGCCUGGUGGAAGAUGGGUGCUGGCACGCAUCGCUGCCUGGAGCUGGAGCCAGAGCCACAGGAAGCUCUUUGGACAGUGUCGGUGCCUGGAUGCCUGCCUUGUUGGCCUUUUGGUGGCUGCCGGCAGCCCCAGGGGAAGGGCGGCAGUGCUGCUCCCUACCCUGGCUGAAGGUGCUGCCCUAACUCGCACAGGUACAGGCCAGCACGCAGCCUGGCGCAGCUCUCGGGCAGGGCGGGGUGCACAGGAUGGCACCCCUGCCGCCCAAGCACACCCAGGGAGCUUUUUUAAGACCAUCCAAUAAAUAUUUUUUUUCUAAG